AAUUUAGCAGCGCUUUAAGAAACUAAGUGAUAUAACAUUUUGAAAUUUUGAAGCAAGUUUUGCAUUACUCUUUGAUUAAAGAUGAACAGCUCAAGACACCUUUCAACAUUGCUACUGGCUGUAUUCUUUAUUGCAACCCUCUGCAGAGGUGAAAAUCCAAAAUACAGUUUGCUGACAUACUUAGACAGCAUGAACUGCUCUCUUACACAUAAAAUGAAGAAUAAUGAUAGAAAUGGAACCUUGUCUUUGCUGGGAGACGUAAACAUCACGAAGUGCUCUCUUGAGGUCAAUAGUCCAAUCGAUGGUAAAAAUUCGGACGCGGCAUCCGUUGGAUACUUCAGAAUCACGGACAUUUCUGUAAUGAUCAUCGAUGGAAUGAAUGAGACAGAUUCUAGUAUUUUAGAUGUUCAAAUAACUGUAACAAGCACAUGCUCAGCAAGAUGGAAUACCAUUAUCUUUUUAUAUUUACUAAUUCCAUUACUUUUUAUCAUCACUUUUGCUGUAUUAUUUAUACGUAUAAAAGACCUAUGCAAGUAAAUGUAAGCGAACUGAAAGUGGUAACUUGCAGUUCUCAAACGAGUUUUGUUUAAUACUUAAAAUUUUAAGUAUAUAGAAAUACCAAUAAAUGACUGUAAUAU